AUGGUCAAAUUUUUUGGUAUAAACAAAAGAAAGGACAAACAGAAGGAAAAUACAGACUUACCUGCAGACAAUGAACAAAACGCAGCAGAAAGUACGUCUGAUAACGUACCAGGAAAUGAAGAAAGAAUAGAUAUCAAGAGUAAUAAGACAAACCCUGUAAGUACGAAUAGUGAUGAUGCAUCUACGACUUUCGAUUCAUCCAUACAAUCGUCGUCUAUAUUUUCAAGAGGAAGGAUAACUUAUGGAACGGGAGCCUCUUCUAGUAUGGCCACAUCAGAAAUGCGUAGUUAUGGUAGUGGGCACAGUUCUGCUAAGAAUAGUAAAAAUCCACAAGGAUUUGUAGAUGUCGGGAAACCACUAAGGGCAGUAAGUUUUUUGAAUCCUGUUAAAGAAGAGGAAUCUCUGGAUGCUCAGAAUACCUCAGACUUCAGCCCUUCAGCAUCUUCAGCAUUAGCUACACCAGUAAAUUUAAGGGAAAACGCUCUUGGUUCCAGGAGAACUAUUACUUUAGAGUAUGUUCAAAAGAGUUUGUCGGAGUUAGAGGAAAACUUAGUUGACAUAAUGGACGAUAUUCAUCAGGAUGUCAUAAGUAUUUCAAAAGCAGUCAUUGAAGCUAUCGAGUAUUUCAAAGAAUUCCUACCAACAAUACGGGAAAGAAUACCGUACAGGGUAAACGUAGAAAAAUCGUCUUCAUUACGGAAGAUUAAUAAAAUUGUAUUACACUUUUUGGAUAACUUAUUGGUUUCCGACGCAUUUUCCAAUUCGAGGUCAAUAUUAUUACGAAGAUUUUACUUUUUUCUGAAAAAAAUGAAUCUAAUUACCGACGAUGAUCUAGUAUCGAAAUCAGGUGUUUUGCCAUGUUUAUCAGUCUUUUGCAUUGAUAAUGACUGCAAUUUACCCAGUAUGGAUAAACUGGGUAUGAUUCUUGAUGAAUUGACCAAAAUGGAUUCUUCUAUGAUAGCAGAUCAAGAAGGUGCUUUUAUAGCACCCAUUCUAAGAGGUAUAACCCCAAAAAGCUCAAUUCUCACAAUCAUGUUUGGUUUACCUAACUUGCAACAUGAGCAUUAUGAAAUGAUAAAGGUUCUCUACUCAUUGUUCCCGGACAUACACAUGUAUUGCGUAAAAGAUUACAUUAAAAAGGCUGCAUCAGCAGUAGGGAGCAUUCCGGCCCAUACACAACGAAAUAUCGGUUCGAUAGCACCAUCUAAAUUUCAGUUUUCACCUCCUUACACGGUGUCGGAAAAUCCACUUGAAUUGCCAAUUUCCAUGUCUUUAUCUACUGAAGCAAGUACUAAAAUUACAGGUACUUUAGGGGGUUAUUUAUUUCCGCAAACGGGGAAUGAUACGAAGUUUUCUCAGUUUGCAAGCUACUCAUUUGCCAUAACAUGCGCUCAUGUUGUGCUAUCUGAAAAGCAAGAUUAUCCGAACGUCAUGAUACCUUCUAAUGUUUUACAGACUUCAUAUAAGAAGGUUUUGACGAAAGAAUCAGAUAGGUACCCUGAUGGCUCGAUGGAGAAAACAGCUUUCUUGGAAGAAGUCGAAAGAAUUGAUGAAAACUUGAAAUGGCAAAAAUCGAAUAAAUUUGGACAGGUCGUUUGGGGGGAGAGAGCUAUUGUUGAACACCGAUUAUCAGAUUUUGCUAUUAUCAAGGUUAAUUCAUCAUUUAAAUGUCAGAAUACUUUAGGUAAUGAGAUGAAAUCUUUUCCUGACCCGACUUUAAGAUUUCAAAAUCUACAUGUUAAACGAAAGAUUUUUAAAAUGAAAUCUGGCAUGAAAGUGUUUAAAGUAGGUGCUUCUACCGGUUACACUUCAGGCCAAUUAAACUCUACAAAGUUGGUUUACUGGGCGGAUGGAAAACUGCAAAGUAGUGAGUUCGUUGUUGCAUCACCAACACCUUUGUUUGCAAGUGCGGGAGAUUCAGGAGCAUGGAUUCUAACAAAGUUGGAAGAUCGACCGGGGCUGGGACUUGUAGGUAUGUUGCAUUCAUACGAUGGUGAACAAAGACAAUUCGGUUUAUUCACACCCAUAGGUGAUAUCUUGGAGAGAUUACAUGCGGUCACUAAAAUUCAAUGGGAUAUUGAUCCACAAUUAGAUGGAUGA